AUGCCUGCGUUUGCGCCGCUCGCCGCAUCCAACGAGAAGAACUCGGAUGUCAACAGCUUGUGGGCAUCCGAUGACGACGACGACGCUUCAUCAAUAGCGUCACGCCGCUCAAUCAGGUCAAAAGCUCGAUCAUGCGUCUAUUGCAUUUUCAGCAUCCCCACCGCUCAGUACAUCAAACUGCUUGUGCUCUUCGUGCUCGCCAUCAUACACUUGGUGUACCUUGGCGACAACCUCGACAAGGCUCGCGCGUUCCUCAAAUUAACGCAUGAGGCGGAGCUUCCACAUCGCUAUGAUAAUCGUCAAGCCGACAUCUUCUUGCCCCAAUUACUCAUUGCCAAAGAAUAUGUGAUCGAGUAUCAGCGAAGUCUUUGGCUUGCCGUUGGCUCGAUGUGCACCGCGUUGUGCAUCAGCACAAUCAUUCUGAUGGACAUGUUCGAGUACACGAAUAAUACGAGAAAUAUCGCGACGCUGUUCCGCGUCAUCGACGUGCUCUCGAUUCUCUUCAUCGCCCUCACGCUGCUAUUCCGUCUCGACGCCGCUUCGCAUAUCGCGCCGAGCUUGCCGGCCGGUCUCCGCGCAGCGAAUCACCUCGUCUCGUCCAACGAGUUCGUCAACGCGUUGAACUGCACGAUUCUUCCGAGAGACAAUGAGCUGUCGCUUUGCGCUGACGUCUUCAUGAGCUCGCUGUUCCCGAUCAAGCUCCUCCAGUACCUUAUCAUUCUUCUCGUGCUCACCGGCGCGUAUGUGGCUCUCGCGUAUUUGAUCGAAUGGUGCAUUCGCCACUAUUUUCCGCCAAAAUAUGAGCCGAGUCCGAUAAGCGCCGUCUCGCGCGACAUGCUCAUCGCCGACAUCAAAUCGAUUUUGAGCGCCGAGCAACACGUGCUCAUUCACGCCUAA